UUGUCCCCAAAUACCAAGGAGCACAUCUCAGCAGUGCUGUUUGUGCUCAUCUUCCAGGUGCUUCCAGGACAAACUGGGGAAGGACCCUGCGCCAGGAGGAGAUGCACACACGACCUGUCAGUCCUGUCAGCUGCUGUCCGGCCCACAGCCCGUGCCUCGUCUGCCACUGGUGAAGGCCAGCACAGCUCCUGGGAUGAGCCACUCUCCGCCCCUGCCCACCCUCCAGGACCCCGCAGCCAUGCCAUCCCCCCGCAUUGCAGGGAGGAAGCGAGGCCGGCCCCCGUUGCAGCCUGCACCCAUCAAGGUGACCGUCCAAAGCCUAUUCUCUGCACCCAGCGGGGCUCUGCCAGUCGUAAAGAUCCCAAAGAAGAGAGGGAGGAAGCCCGGACACAAGCUGAAGUCUCGUGUCCUGAUGACUCCCCUACCAAUUUCUCCGCCAAGAAGCACGCCAGAGCCUGAUGUGAGUUCAAUUCCACAGGAUGCAGCCACUGUCCCCAAAUCAACCACCCCACAGGCUCUUACAGUCUGCAUUUACAUCAACAAACAAGCUAAUCUGGGGCCGUACCUCGACCAAAAGAAAGUGCAGCAACUGCCAGAGCACUUUGGACCUGAGAGACCUUCCUCAGUCCUGCAGCAGGCUGUUCAGGCUUGCAUCGACUGUGCGCUUCAGCAAAAGACUGUCUUCUCACUCAUCAAGCAAGGCUAUGGAGGAGAGAUGGUGUCAGUCUCGGCAUUUUUUGAGGGGAAGCAGCACCUCCUGAACCUGCUGGCAGUGAACAGCAUUGGGUAUGUACUGCGCUUCCUGAAGAAGUUGUGCCGCAGCCUCCUGUGUGAGCACCUCUUCAGCAACCAGCCCUUCCAGCAGUACAGCACCAUGUCAGAAAGUGUGGAAGUGUACGAGGACAGACGUAUCGAGGCAGAAACAGUCAUCCCCGAGGAUUAUCUGGAUCCAGCUAAUAUGAAGCGGUACAGUGCAGAUCCUACUGACUCUGCCUUCAGUUGUGUGGGCUCCGUGUAUGCCAUGCGGCAGAGUCCUGCAGAUGGACAUCCUGCUGGAGGCUCCUCUUCCUCCUGUGGCCAUCGUCCUGCUCCUGUGUCCUCAGGGAGGUCUUCCUCUGCUGGCCCGCGGCACCACGCCUCCAGCCCAACAAGGAAUGGGAUCUAUUCUGAAGGAAACACAAGUGCCUCAAGUCCUUCACCAGAACGACAAGACGUGGCUCGGCCAUCAAGCAAGAAUCCUUUGACCUGGACCGUGGAUGAUGUGAUUUGGUUUGUGAAGGAUGCAGACCCUCACGCUUUAGGUCCUCACGUGGAGCUCUUCAGAAAACACGAGAUUGAUGGCAAUGCUUUGUUGCUGCUGAAAAGUGACAUGAUCAUGAAAUACCUGGGGCUGAAACUGGGACCUGCGCUGAAACUGUGCUACCACAUCGAUAAGCUCAAGCAAGCCAAGUUCUAACAGCUUCCUGAACGACAGCAGAACCUAAAUCUAGACAAAAAACUAUAGGUAACAUGCUGCCUUACAGAAAUGCAUUCUUUUGAAGAUUGUUUUUCCCCUCUUUAACAAAGACUUUGUCUUUUUUAACAUUUGUGCAUCUUCGCAAUUUUUUUAGUCCAAUGGGAGCUUUUGGGCUGCUUUGUGUUAAUAAUUUGCCAAAAAAGUGUAUAAUUACAGUAAUUAUUUUGUACCAUUAAUGUUAUUAUGAUUAUAGUAAGUCCUAUUUUUGUAAUCAGAAGGGGGAAAAUCAUAAGCAAACAGUGACUGCUGGCAGAAAGACCGUUGGCUGCCUGCCAGGAAGGGAUGGGGUGGGACACAGCGCUGCCUGGGCUGACAUGUUCAGAGUGUUUGGGGGGAAGGGAACGUGUGCCCUUUGGUUAGCCAACACUGAACAGGAGCCACCCUGUGUCUUGCACUAAAGUCUGGAAAAGUUUAAUUCUUCAGUUUGAAAGAAGAAAAAAAGGAAAAAAAGAAAAAAAAUUAGAAGGAAAAUUACGAGAGGAAAAAAAGAAUUUUAUUUUAUGAAAUAAAAAGAUGGAAAAAGGUUUUUAUAGCAGCUGAAGUACCUUUUCCCACUAGAGGGAGCAGCCCUAAUAGACUUGAGGCUGGAGCUGUGACGACAUGGUGCUUUCCAUCUGAUGAGCUCUGACCAUCUGACUCUACUAACCAGCACAUCUCUAAAUACCCAGGAGGAAUCGCAGGCUCCCAGCAGGACAAGCCGUCACCGGUUACAGUUAAUUAUUUCAAGAAAAGUCCCAAUGCAGAAAGCGUUUCUGACAGGAUGUUUCCUGUUAAGUUAAAGAGGGGGUGGAUGGCUCCCACGGAGUCUGGCACGCUCAGCCAUCAUCUCCCCACCUUUCUGCCUGAUGUAUUGGUUCACAGCACUCAAAGAAAAGAAAAAAAACACAGAAUUUCUGGGUUUGCUCUUGUUUGGCAGGUGGGAAUAUUCCCCAUGAGGAAGGCACACUGCUGUGCACUGCAGCAAUGGUUAGGGCCAAGGAGGGUGCUGCAUGGCCACUGCCUGGUUGCACUGCUGCAGAAGACAAUGCACACUUGCUUUCAGCAUAUGUGCAUGUUUUCAAGUAGACUCAAGGUCUCCCUGGCCUCUUACACAAAUAUGAGAGGUGCUCGUUGAUAUUCUAUGUAGCCACACCAAGAGAAAGGCAAGUCAAAGGGUGAGGAAGUGAUCUGUGGAGUAGGUAUGCCCUCAUCUUCAUCCUUCACAAAUGGAGGAUUAUGAAGGGACACAUCCAUACAGUUUUAAACAUUUGGUGCAUGACAAGGAGUGGUAGCAAAUGUUUGUUGAUCAUGUGGGUUGUUUUGAAGCUCACCUCAACAGAAUUGGGUAACAGAGCUGUGAUAAUAGGCAAGAUAUGAGCAUCCAUUGCAGCUUUGGAAUAUAGCAGAAUAUUACAAAAAAAUACCUCAUGGAAUGAAAUUCAUUUGGGUGCACACUGCUAGAAUAUAACUCCUAUGAAAAGGUACCACUUCAAGAUCUAAUCCUGGAAAUCCUUGAUCCAACCUGGCCUUGCGUGCCUCCAGGGAUGGAACACCCACAGCUUCUCAGGGCAGCUGUGCCAGCACCUCACCGCCCUCUGAGUAAAGAGCUUCCUCCUAACAGCUAAGCUAAACCAUCCCUCUUUCAGUUCAAAGUCAUUCCCCCUUGUCCUACCACUAUUAGGCCAUCCAUGGUAUGACUAAUGACAUCCCACAAGACUUUCAGUAAACUCCUGGGAACUAUCCCCAGACUAACAAAGUAGUCCAUACAUGUUUGCAGAGUUGGAUCUUGACGUGACUGGAUGGCUUUCUGCAGAUCUUGUCUCCAUGUUAAAGCAUUUAUAAAAUGAAUAGCUGAAGUAAAGAUGUUAAAUGAAAAGUCACAUGCUACCUAGGGACACAACGUACUGAACCCUACACAGGCUGAUUCUUAGAACAUGUAUUUUCACUGUAUUUUCCUGGAGAUUCUGUAAACUCACUUUUUGUUCAGAGACUGGAAAAAAGAAAAAAAAAAAGAUGCAGUGCUACAGAAUUCCCUGAAAAAGGAAUCAUUUCCUUUCAGCUCUACAUCUCACCCUUUUCUUCCAUCUCCACCCUGCAGAGAUUGCAGCUGAGAAGACUGAUAACACCACAGCAGUGGCAACAGUGUUCAUACAUUUAACAUGCUGGAAUAGUUUUCAUGUAUGUAUCUAAUGUAUACAGUCAAUGGUGCUAUCUCAUUUGAUAUGGAACUUUUAGGCAUGGCAGGCUGUUCCAGCCGUGAUAUUUAAUGUGCCACCUUUUACAGAGGAGGCAU